AUGGAGCGGACUGAUAGGCUUUUAAGAGAGCUGCAUGCAAAAGACGAGAUUAUUUCAGAGCUGAAGAAGAAUGGCAGGCAGGAGAGAGACCAUGUGAGAGACCUCUACAAGAAAGUGGACGACCUCCAGGAGGAGAAUGGCCGGCUGAAGGAGAUCCUUCGAAGCACAAAAAGAAAUCUUGCUGUACAUGAAAGAAAGGCAAAAAGUGCAGAAAGAAGAGGGCUUGUCCAGACACGAAAGAUCCUUGGCCUUACCAAGGAGCCUCACACUGCCCUUAUUAACCGGGUUCUUACACUGGAGUGGAUUGUAAGAGAGCUAGGCACCCAGCUUAAUUUCCCUGUGAAUGAAAUUAUUUCUCUCUCAGAAAUAUGCAUGGAGAACGACCCGCUCUUGAGAAAUGUCCUGCAGAAGAAUGAGGAAGAUAUCAAUAGCAAUGAUUUAAUCGAUUAUUUAGAUAAAAAUGGCGUAAAUAGCAUACUGGGCAUAGAAAUUGAUCGCUCUCUUCUAGAUUAG